AUGACCAAGUCGGCCAUUGUGGCCACAUUUGUGGUUCUUGUGGCGGUCUCUGUGGUCGUCCAGGCCGGCCCCAUCUGCCGAUACCCCGUCAAUGGCUACCUGUACGAUAUCACUCCGCUCCAGGCCUACCCAGUGCAGUGGAACACCUUCGGCCAGACCAUUGUGGUGACCUACCACCCCUGCGAGCCCAUCGCGUGCGGGAAUGCCACGGACUCGGCCAUGUGCAUCUACUACGGAGUCCAACCAGGUUCUUCGUUGGGCGAUUUCUCAAGUGGUCACUGGCUCGGGUCUGGCCUGGGCAACGACAAGGGCUUCCGCAUGCGCUUCACCACCGCCUCACUCCCUCGGAUCACCACCACCAUCAACUUCACCUGCGACCCCUCCAUCAGCGUCGGUGCCCUCAGGCAGAUGCCCGACUGGAAUAAUCAGCCGCGUUACAACUACGAGUUCGAGUGGCGCACGUCGUUCGCCUGUCCGGUGGCGGCCUAUCGCAGCCCGAGCCCGAGCCCCACCGCGAGCCACACCCCGAGCCCGAGCCCGAGCUUCGUGCCAUCGCCCUCGCCCCCGCCCCGGGUCAACCUGUGCUGCCUCUACUUCGCCAAGGCCGACCCGAACACGAGCAAGACCCUGUGCGCCGUCAACCAGUGCCCGACCACCAUCACCGGCUACACCUUCUCGAGCCAGUGGCAGGUCGACUCCUGCAGUGACUGCCACUUCUAA